UAUAUAGGAUUGGUUGUGUGUGGGAGAAAGUGUGGAAAGGAAGAAGAUAGAGAGAGAGAGAGAGAGGGAUGAAGAAUGAACUGGGAAAUCUGGUGGAGUCGAUAAAGUCGAAGGUGAGAUCUCUGAACCUGAAGAAAGGGAAAAAACCUUACAUAAAGAUGGAUAAAAGUGCGAGUGUGAAAGUCGAGAUUCGCAGCAGAAAAGCUCGUAAGCUUAUAGAGAAGACCUUGAAGGCUGCUGACACUCAUCCUCGUUAAUCUCUUUCUUCUUCCAUUCCAUUUAGGUUACAGAUUCUUCUUUCUUUCUUUCUUUCCAUGGUUGGUUCCAACGCUACCAACCACCGACUCUUUUGUUUUUCUUCCUAUUACUAAUACUUUUCAUGAUUCCUGCAAAUAAAUAAUUCUAUAGUUUGUAGUCUA